AUGACUAAUUUUACAAAAGAAAAAGAAAGGAAAAAAGCAAAAGAGAUGUUCGGGGAAUGUACAGUCAUAGUGGAGGUGGACAUAGUCACGGUGGACACAGUCACGGUGGUCACCAUCAUCAUCACGGCGGUGGUCAUCAUCAUCAUCAUCACCAUCAUCAUCACAGGUUCGAGCCCUUACGGUGGCUAUUCUGGAUAUGGAUCUGGAUAUGGAUAUGGUGGAGGCGGAGGUGGUGGACUUCUCUCAGUUCUUGGAGGUCUUCUCGGUUUUCGACAGCCGUACUACUCAUCGCCAUCGUACUACUACUCCAACUAUCAAACGUCACCAUACGCUUCCUAUUAUCAGCCGUCGUCAUACUCAUAUUAUCAACCAACAUACUAUCAGAGAGCAGCCUAUACAUGCGAUGUUCAACAAUACAUGAGCAUGAGCGGAACCCGACAACUCUGGUACUGUGUGUGCAGUGGUACAACUUCCUACCAAUACGAUGGUUGUAAUCAUCCAUACUAUGGAUGA